AACGGGGAGGGGGAGGAGUAUGAGAGAAGAACGAACAGAAGAGGAAAAAGAGAAAAAGAAAAAAAAACUUGCGGGCAAGAAAAGGAAAAAUUGUCCCUUUUUAUUUGGGAGGGGAGGGAGGAGGCACAAGAGUGGUGAGGAGAAGUAGAGAGUAGUAGACAAGGGAAAGGAUUGCAGAUUUGCAGAUGCAGCAGCAGCAAGAGAUGGAGAUGGAGAUGGAGAUGGAUUGAGGAGGAAGAAAAGCCGCAAUCCAAUCUGCCCUCCGCCUCCGCCUCCGCCGCCGGAUUCCCUAGGGUUCCACCCUCGCGCGCCUUCUCCUUCCUUUGCUCCGCGCGUGCGGCGCUAGGGUUUCCUUCCUUCCUUCUCUUUUAGGGUUUGGUUUCCUUGCCCUCUCCCGCCCUGGGGGAGACCUAGCCUGGGAAUGGCUCCCGCCGGUAGGCGGGGCGCCAAGGCCCACAAGUGGACCACACAGCCGCAGCUCGGCGACCUCGUCCUCGCCAAGGUCAAGGGCUACCCCCCAUGGCCGGCCAAGGUCAGCAAGCCGGAGGACUGGGACCAGAUGCCGGUUCCGCGCAAGGUCUUUGUUGUCUUCUUCGGUACCAGAGAGAUCGCUCACAUCGCUUUGCCAGAUCUUCAGCCGUUUACUGAGAAUGCAAAGAGUGAGGUGAUGGAUCGAUCUCGGAACAAGCAGUGCCCCAAAAAGUAUAUCGACAGUUUUGCUGAAGCUGUCGUGGAGAUCUGCAAGGCCUAUGAUGAUCUGCCAAAAUCAUCUGAAACUACGACCUGUAUGUUGCCUGAUGAUCAAAGUGAACAACCUACAGAGCACCUUGUAAAGUCACCCAAUAAUGAUGAGGCUCCAAGAUCGGGGCAAAUGGAAGGUGAUAGUCCUAGUGACAACUUAAAUACAUCAGGGUUAGGUUCAGGGACUGAGGUGGACAUAAAAGAUGGUUCUUGUGACAUAAGGGAUUCCUCUCUGGCAGCUGUUAAAAGGAAAAAGCCUAAGGAUCUUGAUCAACCCAAGAAAAAGAAACCGGUGACUUCUAAGUCAGCCAUCAAUAUGCACCUUGAACAAGACUGUUCAGCAACCACUGUCCAUGCAGAAAGAGAGCUUGAAGAACCAAAAGCUGAAAAGGAGAUCAAUCCAUCAGAAUUCUUGACCUUGGACCCCACUGUACAAAUAGUGUGCGCCCUUGAAGUACCCAAGAAAUCUAAAGCCGCGAAACAGUCAAAGAAUGCUGAAAGAAAGGACAACAAACGUGUUAAUGUUGCUGAUAUUUCAGGGAGGACUACACCAGGAGCUGUACUUGACACCGAACUUAAAAGGAGUGCCGAGAAGGAUAGCAAGGGUUUUAAAAAGUCUAAAUUGAUGAUGAAACAAUCAGUUUCCAAUGAAUCAGAGAAAAUAGACCAUAAACGAAUAAUGGUAGACAAAUCUGACAAGCUGUUGGCUAGGAAAUCAUCUUCAGUCUUCUCUUCCAAUAAGAAACCUCUCCCUGGUAGCGAGCAGCGCAAGCUGGACAAUAGCACUGAUAUGCGUCCAGCAAAGAGGCCAAAAUUGAUGGACAGGGCCAAUGAAACAGUUAAGACAGAAGCAAAGAGCGAGACCAGCUUACAUGCUGAUAAUGAAAAAGAUAGUGCCUUGAAAAUUGAAAAAUCUAUUCCUGCAGAAGCUGUAAGUAACUCGGUUCCUAAGAUUGGAGUGGGUGAUGAUUGGACCCGAAGAUCAGGUAGUCUUUUAUCACCCCUAGCAAGGCUGCACUCUCAGGGAUCAGAACCAGCAUCUGGUUCAACUCAGUUAAGCGCUGUUGAUACUGCUAAAAAAGUCUCCAGCUUGAAGGAGAAUUUCUCGCGUGUUGGUAAGCCAUUGGCAAAGCCCAGGAGAAGAGCAUGCCGCUUUGGUGAUGAUGACGAGGAAGAACAACGGACACCUCCUCAUAAAUCUUCUGUUAAAUCCAUCCCCAUGCGUGGAGUCCCCACAGAGAAGUUCCAAUCACAGACAGGGGUUCGUGGGAUUUCUUCAUCCCAAAUUGGCAAUGCUUCUGCAAUGAAAUUUGGUGUGGCAAGAGAAGAGAAACCUAAAAGCAUUGGGAGGUCACCUGUGGAGCAUGAGCCAGAUUAUACUUCACCAAAUCAAGACAAAAUGCAUGGUAGACUACAGAUAAUGGGGAAAAGGUCAACCACAAGCUCGGUUGACACUUCUGCUAGUCUGGGUAACAAAACUAACCUGGCAGAUCGCAGAUCCUCUGGGCAAUUAAGAAUGGCAGCAUCCUCUGAAGUGAAGAAAACACAAGGAAGUUCUUCUAAACUAUUGCACCAGACACCGGGGAACUUGCACUCUCAAAACCCUGAUGACUCGGAAAAGAAUGCACUGUUGUCUAAAUCGGAAAACAGUAAGGCUAAGACUAAAUCUGGCACACAGAUAACUGCAACUGUUGAGGGUCGGAUAAGUACCGCUAUGCAAGCUGAACGGAUUGGGAAGAUGGACCACUCCAAAGAGCAAAGAUCAGAUUUUGUUGAUAAAGCAGCUUUUGCUGAACCUAAUUCUGAUCCUGUCAAGUCAAUGAAGCAUCUCAUUGCAGCUGCUCAAGCAAGAAGGAAUCUUAUUGCGGCUGCUCAAGGAAAGUCUGAUGGGUUAUCUGCUGAUAAUACUGUUCUUUCCUCCACACCAUAUGGCUUGCCUGGACUAAGCCCUGGUCCUGUUUUUCACAUUCCAUCUGCAUCUAGAAUUAUUCCAGAGAGUGAUGGCAUGCAGUUUCCGGACUCCUUUUGUGCUAUUACUGAACCUGGUCAACAAGUUGCUAUGAAAAAUCUACUGGAAAUUGAGCAUGAACAUGGAAAGAGCCCCAAAACUAGGCAAUCGAGCGAUUCAUUGAGUGGUGGAACAGAUGCAGCGAUUGCACGUGAUGCUCUGGAGGGUAUGAUAGAGACGCUUUCAAGGACAAAGGAUAGUAUAGGGCGUGCUACACGUCAUGCAAUAGAGUGCUCAAAAUAUGGCAUCGCUGCAGAGAUUGUGGAGCUUCUUGUGCUGAAAUUAGAGAAUGAGCCUAAUUUGCAUCGAAGAGUUGACCUCCUUUUUCUUAUAGACUCCAUAACUCAGUGUUCUCACUCUCAGAAAGGUGUUGCUGGCGUUUCAUAUGUUCCCACCGUUCAAGCUGCGCUACCUCGUCUCUUGGGCGCUGCUGCUCCACCAGGACCCGGUGCUCGUGAAAAUCGACGACAGUGCCUCAAAGUUUUACGGUUAUGGCUUGAGAGAAAGAUUAUGCCAGAAGGCAUACUUCGAAGAUACAUGGAUGAUAUUGAGGUGCCAAAUGAUGAUGCUAACACAGGUUUUCUGCUGAGGCGACCAUCUCGAGCUGAACGCUCUGUAGAUGAUCCUAUUAGGGAGAUGGAAGGCAUGCUUGUUGAUGAGUAUGGAAGCAAUGCAAACUUUGAGCUCUCUGGGAUUCUAUCAUCCAAUGUCUUUGAAAAUGAUGACGAUUUCCCUGGAUUAUCACCAGCUAUUUCACUGCCAGUUCAAAGUGGCAGGAUGCAAGAAAAUGAACAAGCUAUUGCACCAAAUUUUGUUGAGGAAAACAUUAGGUUACCAAAAGAUGUGACUAGUGAUGUUCCAAUGGAAGAUGCCUCUCUUUUACCAAGAGAUAAGCAACAGACAGAUGGAGCUAUCCCUGUUGUGCAUGACUUACAGCAUGAAAUUGAUCGAGAGCAGGCAUUGGCUGAUCAGAAUGAACUUCCUCCUCUACCUGACGGUCCUCCACCGCUUCCAUUAGAUGCACCACCUCCCCCACCUCUGCCUGAGGGACCCCCACCGCUUCCAUCAGAUUCACCACCUUGCCAGCCUCCUUUGCCUCCUUCACCACCACCUGCUACACCGCCACCGCCACCACCACUUUCACCAUCUUUGCCACCUCCGCCACCACCCCCACCUCUACCAUCUGGCCCACCUCCUCAGCCUGCCCCACCACCCCUGCCAAUCCAGCCCCCACCUAUUCCUCCCCCACCUGUUCCAUCAUCUCCGUCAUCAUUGGGCUAUCAGCCUCCUGCACCCGAAUAUUUCAGGGCUUCAAAUAGCAACCAACUUAACCAGAUGGCAGGGAAUGCAUCAAUUCAAGGAAUUGGAAAUAUGACAAACUUCAUUCCUGGUGGAUCAGUGAACACUCAAGCUGCAGUUAAUUUUACCCCAUCAGUGCCACCAGAUUAUGGGAAUAACAAUCUAUAUAUAAAACCACAAGGUUCUAAUGGUAAUUUUCAGUUUCGACCAACUGGUGUACCUUUUCAGCAAGGGACAUUCAGUGCUUUUCCAUCUGCACAAACACCACCAGUUCGUCCCCACACUCAUCUUACACAAAUGAACCCAGUGGGCCAACAAGCUGUACCUCCGUGCAAUCCUUAUGCUGUACAGUCCUUUCCAAAUAAUCAAAGUCAAUAUACAUCUGACGAGCAAUGGCGAAUGACAUCUGGUAACUUCAGCCCAGAUGAUCAGCGCAAUACUUGGUUACCAGGCGCCAGAGCAUUAUCUUGUGCAGAGGGGUCAUUCAUGCAGGAUGGAUAUCCAAGGUCUAACAUUGACAGAUCUUCAAUGAACCCUAUGACUCAUCAACGUCCUGUACUCAACCGUAUGCCAUCUGGAGCACCUGUACCAGGACAUGUUCCUCAGAUGCUGCCGGCCAGACCUGAUAUUCACACAUUUAAUUGCUGGAGGCCUUCGUAAUGAAAUUUCACAAAUUGAACUCCUUGCUCGUGGGUUUUCACAUGGGAAAUUGGGAUUGCCAGAAGCCGUUUCAAUUCAACUUGCAACAAGAGGUGCUUAUGCUAGUCUGUUUUGUGAUGAAGAUGCACUUUUGCUUAUGAAGGCAUGAUGAAAUCUUACAUAGUAUUUGGAAUGAACGUUUUACAUUGUAAUUAGUCUUGGCAACAGCAUCCAGCAGACUAAUCUUAGUGUCUAAACAAUUUCUGUUACUGAAAGGCAAGGGGUUUCUUCUGGCUUGUUUGGUAUGGCCGUUGGUUACUCUGAUGAAGUUGAGGGGAGCUUCUGUGGCAAGUUCAAUGCCAAUGCUGGAUUGAAGAGGCAAAAUGUAGAUUUGUACAAAGAAAGAGGGUACUCCAUGUACAGUUGAUAACAUUAUUAUGCGUUGUAGUCCCUUGGCACAAGCUAGGGAUGAUGGAUAUGAUUUUUUUUAACCUUUUUUGGUUGGAUAACUGCAAAAAAAAAAUGCUAACCGAUUGGGAGAGGCAAUGAUGGAAUUUUUGGGUAUUCCGGAUCGUCGUUGUGUUCAAUAUGUGAAGCAUCCAGUUCCUCUCAGGCAAAGAAAGCUCCAAUUCAACUGGCAAGCACCGCAGGUGACUGCUGAAAUCCCCCAUAUGUGCUGUGCUCAUAGAUUAUCUUGUGCUGCUUUAAGUUUCCGUAGAAGGUUUGCGUGAUGUCAUUGCAUGCACUGGGGGACGGCCUUGGCCCCUGGGGGCUGUACUUAUGCUGAUCUAAUUGUAAGCUUGGAUGUUAUAUCAUAUUCGUCAGGCUGAUGCAGCUAGCAGAAACCAAAGAAGGAAAUGCUAUGACUUUGACCAAAGAAAGGUUAUGGUUUUGUGUGAGAUAUGUGGUCUGUCUUGAUUAUUCUGUGAGAAGGUCUGCAUGUAGCUAGAAAAAAAAGUAGGUUUCUAUAUGUACAUGAAACUAAUUAAUGGUUGAUGUUUUGCAAUCAAAUUGUGAUGGACAUACCAACCAAACCUUCAGGUUUGUUGCUAUAAUAGUGUGGUCUGCUAAAUCCCCAACCCCAAAUGGGUUUAGGUUUCAUUCA